AUGAAACUUAAACGAGACAGAGAAAUUUUACCACCACUACAUGCAAAUUCCAUUGAUAUUCAUCCGAAUGCAACAUGGUCAAAGAAUGGCAUCACUGUUGCUGGAGGAAAUGGACAGGGCAGUAGAAUCAAUCAACUUUCUAACCCAUUGGGUUUAUACGUCGACGACGAUCAAACGAUUUAUGUCGCUGAUCAGUGUAAUCACCGUAUUGUGGAAUGGAAAAUUGGUGCACCGAAUGGAAAAUUGGUUGCUGAUGGAAAUGGAGCUCAUCAAUUAAAAUUUCCACGAGAUGUGAUUAUUGACAAAGACAGCGAUAGUCUCAUCAUCAGCGAUGGGUGGAAUAACAGAGUAGUUCGAUGGCCUCGUCGAAAUGGUACUCCUGGAGAAACAAUUAUUUCGAAUAUCUCUUGCUGGGGUUUGACAAUGGACGACAAUGGUUAUCUCUAUGUCGUUGACUAUGAAAAACAUGAAGUCAGACGAUAUAAAACUGGUGACACUCAAGGCACUGUGGUUGCAGGUGGCAAUGGAAAAGGAAACUGUCUUGAUCAACUCUCUAAACCCCGCUACGUAUUUGUCGAUCGAGAACAUUCAGUUUAUGUGUCUGAUUAUGGAAAUAAUCGUGUUAUGAAAUGGGAUGAAGGUGCAAAACAAGGCAUUGUCGUAGCCGGUGGUCAAGGACAAGGAAAUAGUCGCACACAAUUGAAUCGUCCUAAUGGAGUCGUUGUCGAUCAAUUGGGUACUGUCUAUGUGGCUGAGGAACAGAAUCAUCGAAUCAUGCGUUGGCCUAAAGGAGCCACACACGGAAAUGUCAUUAUUGAUGGAAACGGUUACGGAGUACAAUCGAAUCAACUCAAUCAACCCGUACGUUUAUCAUUCGAUCGAUAUGGCAAUCUCUAUGUCGUCGAUUGGAGAAAUCAUCGAGUACAAAAAUUUAAUAUCGCAUAA